GCCUUUUCCCGCAAAUUCCAAAUUUUCCUUUCCCCCACAGCUUUCUGUUUCAUCUACUCUGCAAAAAAUCUGCAAAUCAAUUCGGAAUCGCAUGCAAUUGCAUCCUCGUUCUUCAAAAUCAUCCACUGAAUUUGCAUCCGUGCAUACACAAUUCAUCGUGUGCAUAUGCUAUGGAGCCUCCUCCGCCUCAAUUAUUGCCACCGCAACCGCAGCAUUUCUCCGUCAGGCGAUACAACCACCGCAGCCACCGCGGCGAGGGCGGCGGGCCGAUGGAGAUGACGAAGGAGCAUUCCAACUCGGAGAAUAGCGAGAGCAGCAGCUCGGGGGAGAGGCGCGGCGGAGGCGAGAUGCGCCGCGCUGCGUUGGAUUGCAACCUGGCGUCGCUUUGUGAUCACAUCCAAUUGGAAGGGUUUAACAACGGCGUUUUCUCCGACGUCGUUUUGAAAGCCAUGGGAUCCACCUAUCACCUCCAUCGCCUCAUACUCUCCCGGAGUUCUUACUUUCGGAAUAUGCUCCAGGGACCUUGGAAAGAAGCCAACGCUCCAGUUUUGACUCUGAAUGUGGAUGAUAGCAAUGUAAACGGUGAAGCGAUGGAGAUAGCUUUGACCUACCUCUAUGGUCAUUAUCCCAAGCUUAAUGACAAUAACGCGUUUCGAGUUCUAGCUGCUGCUUCUUUUCUUGACCUUCAGGAUUUAUGCGCUAUUUGCACAGAUUUCAUUAUUGCUGAAUUGUGGUCUACCAACUUCUUAACUUAUCAGGUCUUUGCCGAGAGCCAAGAUUAUGGCUUUCAUGGGGAACGUGUUAGAAACGCUUGUUGGGGCUACCUUUGUCAAAGUGGUGCUCAGGAAUUGAAAGAGGUCCUCCCAAAACUUUCCUCUCAAACAUUGCUUGCUUUACUUACCUCAGAUGAGUUAUGGGUGCCCAAUGAAGAGAAACGAUUCGAACUGGCACUAUACACUCUUCUUGCAAAAGGCACACUUUGCAAAGAACAUAAUGAGCAGGACAGUGCAGGUUUUGAGGUCAUAGACAGUACUGAUUCAACUAGAGUAAACAAAAAAUAUGUGGGCGAUGAAAGCACUAAUGAUUUGCUGGAAACUGAAAAGGGGCGCAGAAAAUCAAAAGAUGAAGUUGAAGGCGAGUACACUGCUCGUAAAAUUUUGGUGGAGCUGGCUGACUCCAUAGUGGAUUCUCAUUUUAGCGUUGACAACUUUGGUGAAGCCCGGACAUUAUAUGGCGAAUCUAGUUUGGAGUUAGCUUAUGAUUGUAGCGGCCAACAACCUUCAUCAAGCAAUAAACUUAAUACCAAUGACAUUAGUGCUUCAUGUUCUUAUUCAACUGUUGGACAGAGUAAAUCGGCAAGCAGUGAUUUGGCUUCAGAAGGGCCUUCAGAUGGAGAUCCGUGCUACCAAUUAAACAAGAGCUGGGCACCAGGAAAUCAAAUACACUGCAUUUCGAUGAACUCUUCCAGUAAUAUGCUGAUGCCUAAUGAAUGGGAACGAUGUAACAUGUCACCUUUGACAUGGGGUGGUAGGACUGUGGGCAGAAGAGAGGUAAAUGGUUGCCUAAAACGGAAUUGUGGGAUGAGCAGAGAAGAUUAUGAUUCUUUUGUUAACAUGUUUGAAGGUGGCUCUCUUUUAUACUGUAACAUGUCCUUUGAGGCCCUCUUAAAUGCAAGAAAACAUCUUGAAGAACUGGGCUUCCCUAGCAAAGCAGUGAAUGAUGGUUUAUGGCUACAGACGCUCUUAAGCCAAAGAGUGCAAGAAGUUGGUGCUGAUACAUGCAGAAAUUGCUACCGCGUGAGUAUUGCAUGUAUGUGCAGACAGCCAUUUGGAUACUCAACUGGAGUUACUGCACCUGGAUACUACAUGCAAGAUCACGAGCACAAUAAUCUACCCCAAAAUGAAAUUGGACAUGCCUAUGUCAAUAGUUCUGCUCAAGGGGAAAGAAACGGCCUCUUUAGGCCGGUUCGUGUACAUGACAGGGGCCCGAUUGAUGGACUGGCAGGCAUUGGUCGCGGAACUACAUUUGCGCCUGUAGCUACUUGGCCACCAACUCGUUAUGUCUUUUCUCGUGUUCCAUUUGGUAUUGGCAACCGAAACAGUCACCAAGCUCCUGCCAACGAUGGACCAGAUAAUAGACCUGACAGCAAUGCGGACCUUGCUGGGGAUGGAUUAACUGUUUUGGUUGGGCUAAGUAUGGGAUCGAAUGAUGCCACUAACGUGCAUGAGGUACAACUAGGAAGAGAAUUUGAGACAGGUCAGCAGAGCAGGCAGGUGGGAUCUUUAGCCACUGGGUCAACUGGGUUAACUACCAAUGGCACUCCCAUGCAAAUGAUAGACUCAUCGGAGCAUGCUAUGGGGGUUGAGUGGGAGAAUGCAAAUAGUUCUAUAUCAUUGGACCUGAAAACACCUUUGAAUCACUUUCCGCCACUUCGUUUUGCGGUCGAAUUCCAGGAUGUGCAUAGACUCUGUGAUGGCCAAGUCAAGCACUCCCCUGAAGCAUUUUAUGCAGGUUCCUUGUGGAAGGUAAGUGUCCAGGCUUUUAGUGAUGAAGAUCCACAAGGUCGUCGUACACUUGGCUUGUUUCUUCAUCGGCGGAAGGCAGAAAUCAACGAUCCACACAGAAAGGUCCAUAUGUACGUUGAUUCUAGGGAAAAGGUUACUGCUAGAUAUCAGUUGAUAUGCCCGUCGAAGAGAGAGGUGUUGGUUUUUGGGAGCUAUAAACAAACGGGCACGCUUCUGCCAAAAGCUCCAAAGGGAUGGGGCUGGCGUACAGCAUUGUUGUUUGAUGAGCUCGGUGCUCUACUCCAAAAUGGAACCCUACGAGUUGCAGCUGUAGUGCAGCUUAUCUGAAUCCUCUUAAGAUAUAAAUCAUGGAAUGGAUUACGUCUCUUUCAUGCUCCAUCUCCAUCUUCCAAUCCUUCGACAGCUGGAGCUUCGUCUCAACGAUACUACAGUGGCUCGAAUUCAUUUUCCUAGCACCAUGUCUGCUGAGGAUCCGUUUCAUGGCCAUUGAUCUUAUUUUCCUGCUAUCCCUCCUCGCUCCAUGGCUCAAAACAUUGCUCGUCUCUGCCCCCACCACCCCUCUCGAAGAGCCUCUUAUCCGCCCUCGUACUCAUUCAAUAACCACGAUUCGUUACAAAGCCACAGUUUAUGUAACAGCCCUCUUGGCUCUAGGCUACGCUGCUCUCAGCCUAUCGGCACUGAGUCGAGGAGUGGGAUCGGAAUGGAGUGGCGUGGAUCUUCUGUCCUGUCUCUUUCAAGCAAUGACCAAUGCAGUGAUUCUGUUUAUGAUCACGGAAAUAAGAUCUGUGGGUGCGCCAUCGUACCCGUCCCCUGUCCGAGUGUACUGGAGCUCGAGUUUCUUCCUCGUAUGCUUGUCUUCUGCAACAGCUCUUGUUCGUCUAGUAUCGGGUGAUGAUCAAGAUAUGGAAGUGGAUGACAUAUUCUUCUUGAUCACCUUCCCUUUCAACACUUUUUUUUUUUUAGUUUCCAUGAAUGGAUCAACUGGGAUUCGUAGCACUAGUGUUGAUGAAGACUUAGAUGCUUGAUUUGAGUGGCUAAGUCACCAGAUUCAUUGAUUUUCUUGAAGAAAAGAGUAAAAUUAGGGAUUAGCAAAAUAUCCGAAAUUUGAAUAUUCGAUAUUAAUUCUUAAUCAAGUUGAAUUUUGGGUUUUAAACUUUUCGUAGGGAUUUUUUCGGAUUUCUAUUUCAAUUAUAUUAAACUUUUGGCAA